GCUGAGAGAGCUAUGUUAUACAAGGAAGCAGGGCACAUCGCCGGUGGCAGAGAUUCGAAGAGGGAUUGCCGUGGUUCUCCAUCGAACCUCCAUUAAUAGAACUCUUUACACGUCGUCCGUCAUCGCUGUCCCACCUGCCGUCGUGGGUUGCUUAGUGUCAACUGGCGGGGCUGAACAUGGGAUACGGUCAUAGUAUAAUAGUGGGCGAUGUCCCUGGCGGGUGAAGCUCAAGGCCGAAGCAGAGAGGCAUGCGUUCACUACACUCCUCGGGUUCCCCUAGUGGGCGUCAGACACUCCUUGUGCCUCACCUGGGACCUAGUGCCCAGGCCCCCUUCUCAAUAUGACCACUAUCCUCCGCACCUUCGGUGUUCGGAACACCGCUCCGCAGACGCAAUACCCCAACAACACCGUAUCUCCCUCAACAAGCAAUACCGCAGGGUGGAUGGUGGCGGCUAUUGUGGGCAGCAUCAUCUUAUUCGGGGCUGCGCUCACCUACGUCAUCGUCCAGAUAGCCAGGCAUCGCCAGUAUCGAAGACAACGACGGCUCUACCCGCACCUGACACAAGACGAUAUCCUCCGAAGGCGGAAGUUGAGCGCAGCGGAACUGUUUCGCGAGGAGGAGGCGCGCAGAAUACGCAUGAUCCGCAAGUCUCUGGCCACUCGGUCGACGGACUCUGCGGGGAGCAAGUACUCGGCGAUGAUGGCCCGCGUCGACGAGGAGCUGAUGGAGAUCGAACGGCAAGAGUCGCUGAGACUCAAGGAUGACUGGAAGAGGUGGGAGGCCCGGGUGCGGCAGGAACGGUCAUUGACGGCGGAUCAACAUCCAGCUGCCAGCGCGGCGAGCCCAGUACCCAUUCUCACGAUCCCGUCGCCGGCGAAGCAUCGAUCCCAGAGUCGAAGACCGCCUCUGAACCCAAAUACCGCCCCGGCAGCACUGCCGAGUAACCCAAACCGUGCUGGGAACUGAGAACAAGUCCCAGCUGGCUGCUAUCAGCGAAACACGUAGCUUCAGGUUGCCUCUCCCGUCGCAUGCGGCGGCCAGGGAUGAGAGAGAAUUAUGACGUUGAGAUCAGGGCGGGCUCGACGUCGUUUGGUGAUGCCCAAGCGAGGCCCUUUUCAGGUGACGUCCAGGACCAGGACGGCGAGGGGGAACGAAGCGCAGUGGCAUCCAAAGGACACGGGUACUAAUUAAUGGUUGAUGCCAAGCAGACCGAAGGAAGUUAUUGUCCAAAGUAGGGUCGGCUCAUGUCCGAUACCCAUGAUGAUGAGUCUGUUUGUUGUUGGAAUGAUAGCGGUGAUUGUUAUCGACACUGCUUAAGCGCACUCUGUCAUCUGGAUCUUGAAACCUUCAGAAGUGCUUUGGGGAAUUCACAUCUGCCGUU